AUGUCGUUUCCCACUUUCGAGCAGGCCAUGUCUCGACCUUCCUCGGGCAUCGCCUCUCCCCGCAAGAUGCGAUCAAGGACCCAAAGUAUAUCCAGCGACAGACCGUCCACCAUCAGCUACAGCCUAAUGUCUCCUCCGCUGGCCGUAUCCCCCGAGGCUUGCUUCAUCGCCGCCUCGGCCGCCUCGCAAAUCGUCACCAAUGAUCACGAUAGCCACGCCGACACCUGGUACGAUCAGAAUGGCAUCGAGCCCUCGGGUGAGACGGCACUCGUGUCCCCCGGCGCUCUGCACCUAGUCAACGGCUUUCUCGACCAGCUCCUGUUCAACUUCCUCUGUAUCUCCCGAUCCACCAACCUCUCGGCUCUACGCCCUGCCGUUUCCGAAGUGCUGAAGCCUAAGCUGGCCAAGGACGCCGUCAAUCAAGCAGACGAGGAACUACGCGAGUAUCUCGGUGGAGGCGACGACGAGGAUACCAUGUCGAACCCAGGCUCUGCCUCUCCCAGGGACUGGGACCUGGAGUUGGUCUGGAAGCGCGCGAGGCUAAGAUGCAUGGUCUACUCCUCGCUUGGCGACAUGGAGGAGGAAGACGAGGACUAUUACAUGGAGCAGGAGCACCUCGAUGCAGGCCUAGAGGACCGCCUUGCCGGUGUUGUCUCCCCCGCAGUCGCAAUCUUCCUCACGUCUAUUUUGGAGUUCAUGGGUGAGCAGGCCCUCAUUAUCUCUGGACAGGCUGCCUAUCACCGGCUGCGCGUCAAGUACGAGAAGGAGUUGAAGGAAGGCGCUCGAAGCCCGGGAGAAGUGGCCGACAGAGUCGUUGUUGAAGAGCUCGAUAUGGAACGCGUGGCACUUGACAGAACCCUGGGAAGGUUAUGGAGGGCCUGGAAAAAGAAGAUCCGAUCGCCUGGCCUCGACAAGACUAUGUCCCGCUCAUUCUCUCGGGACUCGAUGCGCGGCAUUACUGGGCAUAUGAGACAGUCCAGUUUUACUGCCGAGAGCUUCGUGCCGCCGACGGUACCGGAGCCGGGGCCCGAGUCGGAAGCCGACGUUAAAGAAUUGACGGAAGAGCUGGUCGAAGAAGAACCCACCGAAGAGUAUAUACUGGCUGCCAACAUCCCCCUCCCGAUGGGCGACAAUGAUGUCGAGGAAAUCGAGAUACCCUGGCUCGUUGCUUAUAGCGACGACGAAGAUGACGAAGACGAACUCGAAGAGGAGACUGCUCCACCAAGACCCAAGAGCUUGAUAAUCCUCCCUCGUACGGCCACCCCGACCCUGUCCCCAGCGAUCCCAACCCCCCGGAAGCGCUCGAAUUCUCUCCCGUCUCAUUACCGGGCGAAGAUGCGGGCCGCAGAUCUUAGCCUUACGGUACAAACGUCUACUGGCGAAGUUGAAGAGGGCCCGUCUGCCCUAGAAGACCCAACUGAGGAGAUCGAUGAAGACGAGAGCCCGCAGAACCAUGACGCCGAGUUGUCUGAGGGCGCAACCCUGGUAUCGCCAACCACUGAAGAAAUAGAGGAAUACUCUGAGACUAGGACGUCCCAUCGACGCCGGUCGAACAGGGUGUCGGAUAUCAUGACGGGCGCUGUAGCAAUCGGAAGUACGGCCGUCGUUGGUGUGGCAGGCAUCGCCAAAUCUCCUGCGUUGGAGACCGAACUGGAGCCCUCGGAUAAUGAAGAUGGCGAAGAUGAUGAUUUCGUUGAAGAACCCCAGAUUCUUACCUCGUCGAGAAUAUCUAUCUCCGGCCGAAGCGCAUCUCCAGCAGUGUCGGAGCAUGGGAAGCUGACACCGACAAAUUUCAGUUUGCCUGUCAGGCCUCCGAGUGUGCACUCUCUCCGACUGAUCGAGGUAUCGGGCCUGCGGAGCCCAAGCACCAGGUCUUGGGCCAGCUCGCCUGAUGGGAACGACUACGGUCGUACUGGCCCGUUUUCGGCGACGAACAGCGCCAGCACUCCCCCGAUCGUAGAGGAAUCGCGCACACCGGCCAGUCCAGUCUUUGUGGCUGUUGAGACUGAAAUUGGGCAGCCGUCCCCAGAACUGGGAGCCAAUACGAGCUCGCCAAUUUCUAGGGUUGAAGAGGCAGCUGAUGUUCGAGGCGUUUCGCAAACGCCAGUGACAUCAGCAGUGGACUCUACCCCGAAGCCCAAGGCUUCCGAUCCAUACGAUGAAUUCGAAUCAGAAGCGCCACCCAUCUUCGGCUCCGCGAUCCGCUACAACUCUCAGCCUCCGUCACCUGCAAAGCCUACGACCACCAAGGUCACCAUUCUGCAAUCAUCGACUUCGUCUGGUACCUUCUUUGUUGACGAUAGACCAAAGGUGCCGGAGAAAGUAUCGUCUCACUCUAGAACCCAAGCUUCUGUCCCCUCCCCAAGGGCUCCCGAGCGGAGUCCUAAUCGACACUCUAAUGGGGGGAGCGCUACGCCAGGUCACCACCAGACCAUCUCGCAGUCGGCCUCGAUCGGUAUAGUCUCGGUGGAACGGUCUCGUGCCCGUACGGUUUCAGAAGCUUCCGGCUCGGGGUUGCACGAUCAAUCGGGCGCAGUGACCAGGCAGCUCCACACAUCGGGAUCGUCGUCGACAACCUCUACCAACAGAUUGAGACCUAUUCGGACUUCGGAGGAUAGUUCGAACACCAAGGCGGACGUUCUUCGCAAUUUUGAGGAGCUCAUCCAGAGCGACCAAACUAUUCAGUAUACCCUUACUCCCGAGAACAUGAGGGAUAUUGAGGCACAAUCAUCAAAGUCUCUGAGCAAUGGCAGCCCCAUGGUCCCUGUCAAGUCUCGGAGGAGCGAGGACGCCCGGCUGGCGGGAGAUCGGUCUCGCUCAUCAUCCCUAAAUCAGUCGAACGAAGUCCCGAGGUCGCCUUCACUAUCGCAUCCAUCCGGCCUCCGCUCGCAUUCAGUCACCGAGUCCCCGGUCAAUGACAGCAAGCCUAAUGGGCCGAUUCCACGAUCCGCUCCCUCAGUAGCCCCCAAGUCACGCGUCAAUGCCCCUCAAGCUAGGGACGCCAGGCUUCCUCGUGAAUCGCUGGCUGACUUUGCUGAGUUUAUUCGAUCGACCGGCCCUCCUGGCGAGGGCGGCAGUGCUGGUGGCAAUGCGUUCACGCGCGCUGCGGGGCCAACCGCAGUGCGCAAUGCCGGUGGUCCUCUGCCGGUGCCAAAGGAGAGCAUGGAGUCAAGCCGGGCUUCCAUGACGACCAAUUCGACUCGCAUUCGCCUUCAAGCUCGCGAGGCCGCCGUCGCCAACAGAGACGACAAUUCUGACCUCAUCGAUUUCAUCCGCCGUGGACCCCCGAGCGCGACAGUGAACCGCAUUCCUCGGACUGUCGCUCCGUUCCGCACCACCAUGGACUCGGAUCAAAUGGCUGGUGCAGUUGGUGGCAGGGCUGUCGACGCACAGAUCCGCGACAUCGACGUCCGCGGGAGCGAGACCUCGACGACGGUGACGGAGUACUCGAUGCCUUCGGUGCAUUCAUCAUCCAUCAACUCGCAAACGGGCCUCCUCAGAAACAAGGCUCUGCCCGUCCAGGGUAUUAACCGCCAGGGGGCUCUCGACGCUGACAUGCCUAUUCCCCAGCGCAAGUCCCGACGCGCCCGGGACCCGUAUGCUAUCGACUUCAGUGACGACGAGGAAGACGUGGACAGCGGACCCCGUCCUACCAGGAACGCUCCUCAGAAGGAGGAGAGCCUUGCCGACUUCUUGAAGAAUUAUGCUCCACCGUCUGAGACUCCCGUGCAGCCGUUGGCAAUCAGCCAGCUGCAGAACCGACCGAAGAAGAAGUCGAGCGCUCAGAGCUUGAUAUCACGGUUCACGCGAAGGGACGGUACCCAGACGAGCGGGAAUAUGGGCGGCCCCAGAAGCCCCAGAAGUCCCAAGGCGCUCCCUGAUGCACCACGAAGCCCGAGCAUCCGAUCCAGUGGCGGCCGGGGCUACAUCCCAAUCCAAGUUAACAUACCCCCUGGCGUCGACAGGUAUAACCCGAGCUACGGUGCUCCAAAGGCCAUGCCUUCCAUGGGCGGAGGGGCUCCAGGUAGCACUGGCAGAGUGCGCAUGAAGUUUGAGCCGCGAGAGGCCGUCUCCGUCCCGUCACGUAGCGGGACAUCUGACCUGGCGGAUUUCCUUCGCAACUCGGAACCCCCACCAGGCGCAAUGGCCUCCGAGGUAUAUCCAAGCAAAGGCGGCCGGGAUGACGCGAACGGUUUCUCGAGGGUAUUUGCGAGCCGCAAGAAAACGAGCUUUGCUUGA